CAAUAAAAUUUCAAUCAAUCUCCUGCUAUGCUUCAAUUCCUGAACACACACACACACACACACAUACACUAACAGGGAUAACACUUUACUCCCCAUUUCCUUCAGUAAGUUUUCAGAAUUCCUUUUCAAUGUUGUUUUAUCAUGCCAAAUGAAGAAUCACGCUUUACUUUUUUUUUUUUUAAUUAAUUCCCCUCUCUGUUUUUUCUUCCAGGUUGUGCACAAGACCCUCACUGUUGUUGGCAUUGCCGUGCUGUGCUGUGCUGUGCUGUGCUGUGCUGUGCUGUGCAAGGCUCGGGGAUGUAUUAAUACUGGUGGUGAUGAUGGCCACGACACACUGACACACACACACACACACACACACACACACACACACACACACACACACACUGAUAGCACCACACACAUACAAGGCUUAAGGGAGGAUAUAUCACGUAACACACCACACAUACACACGCACAAGAGUAAUACAUAUAUACACAUGCAGAUAUACCUUCCUAACAAUAUAAAAUAAACAGUGAGCGUGAGAAAACAGGAAGGUCUUAGGACUAAUCCUCGUUGGUGAUAAGAGAGAUGCACUGUAGAUCAUUGCUGUGGGCCUCACCGGAAGGGAGGGUGAGGUUAAUAGAUACGGAAGAGAUGGAUGGGGAAGAGAAGCUGAAAAAAAUAAUAGAAUAAAAAUGAAUUAGAGUUGGAUGGUAAACCGGAUCAAGUGCAAGGCAAAGGUGAACGGUAACGAUGAGGCCCGGGGGUACGAGAGAGAGAGAGAGAGAGAGAGAGAGAGAGAGAGAGAGAGAGAGAGAGAGAGAGAGAGAGAGAGAGAGAGAGAGAGAGAGAGACUCGCCUUUCUCUUUAACGCUGCUGUGACAAGGGAUGAGGAGGGAAACGAGUGCCCUGCAGUGAGGAGGGCAAGGCACAGGGACGGCAGGGACAGGGAGAGGGAGAGGUGCUUCAGGGAUGAGUGCUUGUGACUACUGAGGGAGAUAUGGACGGUAGCUGGGGAGAAGCAGAGAGAGCGAGAGUGAGGAGGAGGUCAGGGAAGAGCAAACAGGCAGGUGAGAACUUUGUGACGUCUCUUUCACUCAGCCAUACACUCACUCAGUUGUCGUAAGCUUGGAAACACAAGAACUGGUGUGGUGAAACAGAAAAGUUUAUGCCGCGGUUUGACAUUUCCCGCCCUGAACACUGAACACGACGGGCAUUAGUAAGGGCGGCCAAAGGUGGGUGUGUGGUGUGUGGCAGCAGCAGUCAGUGACUAGUGCCGGCGGGUGGCGGCGGCGGCGGUGUUGGAGGUGGUGCCUUACAAGGCGUGCAGGAAAGCCAUGACGGCUUUGGUGGCAGCAUGCAGACGGGCGGCAACGGACGGUCUGCCAAGUCUACCUGGGCUGGGCGGACUAGCACCCUGGCUGCUGCUGGCGGCGUGGACACAAGCGGCCGUCGCAAGAGUCAACGUGAAAUGUUUAUGGUUGAAUCUCGAGGGAACACGGGCGGAAAUGGAGGGAGGUGAUAAAGGAUUCCCACCGUUGCCCCUUCGCCACUCCCAGCCGGCAUAACGAGAGGCAUUCAAGAGCAAGGGAGUGAGGAGAAAAGCUUAGUCCAGUCUGCUGUUUAUGCAUCAAGCCUGAGCUGGUCUGCUCCCACGAUGCAGCGUGUGGCAGUGUUUAGCAGACACGGCUCUUGUCUGCACCUCAUCCUUUUAAAUAUAUGAGGCCACAGUCUGCUGAAGCUGUGCAAGGCUCGGCCAGACCAGCGGUGGGUUGGGGCAGCUGGCAUGGACAGUCGCAAGUAUCGCAUCUGAGGGGAGGCUGGCGCUGAGCUGACCUUUCCUGUCCCUACCGGCACCACCGUCUGGCUCGAGCAGCACCAGAAAUUGCUGGGUGAGAUAAACUGUGCAGGGGACAAGGUGUUGGUGGCUUGAGGUGGGCAGGGCAGCAACCCCAGCAACCAGUACAAUGGGCAGAAGGGACAGGGACACAUUGUGAAGCUGGAACUGAAGCUGUUGGCCGAUGUGGGUCUGGUGGGCUUCCCUAAUGCUGGCAAGUCCACACUGCUGUGGGCCAUCUCCAGGGCCAGACCCAGGGUGGCCAGCUACCCCUUCAUGACGCUGCAGCCGACCCUGGGUGUGGUGGAGUACAGUGACAUGCGGCGGCUGACCAUCGCUAACCUGCCAGGACUCAUCGAGGGCACCUGGGCCAACGUGGGGAUGGCGCACCACUUCCUGCGCCACGUGGAGUGGACACACUUCCUCCUCUUUGUGGUAGACAUCAACAGCUUCCGGCUGUCACCCAAACACCCAUACUGUUCACCCACCGAGAAUGUCAUGCUGGUCAACAGGGAGUUGGAGCUGUAUUCACCUGACCUGCUGAGUAAGCCAGCACUCCUUAUGGUGAAUAAGAUGGACUCCCCCAUUGCUGAGUCUCGCCUGCAGGAACUCCUUCACAACCUUAAGAGGAUAGAGGCUAGCUUUAUCAAGCUUGAACCCACUAUUUCUUGUCCUAUCCUGAUCACUGAACCUAAGGAUUUUGCUCAUGUCAUCCUUGUUAUAUCCCCUAAAUAA